AUGCCUCUUUACAACGUCACUCUGAAGCCCGAUGCCCCUGUUGAGCAACUAGACGCUGCCAAGGACCAGGCGCGCGAGAAGGGCGGCACCAUCAAGCACGAAUACAGUCUCAUUAAGGGCUUUGUCGUUGAGUUCCCUGACGACCACGUCGACACCCUCGAGUCCAAUGACCACAUCCACGUCGAGCAGGACACCGAGGUCAAGACUCAGUAA